AUGGACAGGAAAAUCCUUCCGGAGGGCAAUCUGGACAAGUUUGUGACCGCUGCCGGCGGCCCUUUUGCUUUCAGGAGGAAAAUUCGAUGUCAUGGCGAUGGCGAAAAGUGCACGCCUUGUAUCACUGGAGGCGUGGCCUGCAUUGUGUCAACGAAGUUGAAGCGUAAUAGAAAGAGGAAGAGUUACUACCAAAACGAAGGAACUGAGGAAAGACAUGACGAUUCCGCAGCUUCAAAGACUCCUGAAGCUCAUAGCAGCAAUGUUGACUCGGCUUCCCUUUCGCUCCCUCAAGACAUAAGGAACUCGCAACAAACAGUUUCAGAGCACUCACAUCUGAGCACGCUCACAGGAAACGCUGGUCUGAGGACUUCACCAUCAUGGCAGCGAGGUAAAGAGGCUGUCUCAAACGCCAAGUCGAGGUUUGUGCCGGAACCGGUGAUCGGCCAUAUGGGCCGACUAGUGUCCAAUGACGACCAGACAGCUAUGUUUGCAGGGUCGUCUACGGGCGUGCAUUUUAUCAGCCAGGCUGAGCAGCAGUUACAAAUGCUACGAAUCCACACCGAAACAUUCCCAAGCAGCAUCUAUAGUCUCUAUCUUCACAACAUAUGGGGCCCAUCGCCCAAGGGUUCAGAGUCGCAGGUUGUCGCUGCUAUGAUCUCCCAACUUCCGCUUGAUGCUGCUAGUAUCCUCGAGGCAACCAUCGACUGCUGGACACCGUUGUAUCCGAUUGUACAUAAACACUCCACAGUUGAGGCUCUACGUCGGUUGAAUGGUGACCCCGAACACGGCGAUAUCAGUUUCUUGUAUCAGGUUCUAGGUCUACUUGCUCUAGGAACAUUAGGACAUCCAGGCUCCUGCGUUCAGAGACAUCGGCAUUUUCUUUGCCUUUCUGAAAAAUACUAUGCAAUGUCCGCUGCGUUGACGAAUCAGCUCCAGGAGCGACCGUCUUUACCGACGCUCCAAGGGCUAGAGAUUGCUCAGAUCUACCUCCAGCUAUCAUCUCGCUACUCAGCUGCGUCGCAACUAGGAGGCAUGGCUACAAGAAUGGCACAGAACCUUGGACUUCAUCGCCACUCCCAGAGGUUCAAAUUCGAUCCUUUGGAGACAGAACUCCGGCGGCGCGUGUGGUGGUGCCAAUACUCUCUUGAUACAUUCUCCAGCGCUUACCACGGAAUGCCAAGAUUGAUCCGCGACCAGGACGUGGACACAGACUUACCCUCCCGUGUUGACCACGACCAAGUAUCGCGUGAGAGCGUGGUGUUUCCCUUACCCGGCGAAAGAUCCCAAGUCGACACGGCUCUCUGCAUGUUCAAACUCGCAGUCAUUGUGGGAGAAGCUCUAGAGAAGCUGUACUCGACGACUAGACGGCGCGGCGGGAUAGCCAAAAUUACACAACUGCAAGCUGAACUUACAUUAUGGGAGCGGAUGUUGCCGACGGAUAAGGUUGUGGACUUGGAGGAUGAUAGCGCAGACUUAUCACCGGCGAUUUCGAUCGACACCUUUGAGGUGGCUUUCCUACGCGCUGCAUUUUACAACGCCACGGUGCAUGUUCAUCGGCCUGCACUUGCUUUCACAACAGCUGAUCCUCAGUUUCAAGUUUCUCUGCAAGCGUGCGGUCGUGCUUCGGCUGAGCUGAUAAGACUGACUGCUACGAUCAUGUCGGACUCGGUCCUGGAGAUGGAUGCCGCGAGGAUAGAUCCCAUCAUCGUCGCCCAUCUCUAUCCAAACGGGUUGCACAUGUUGUGGCAGGCGGGUCUCACAAUAUUAUUUGCGAGGUGGAAAAGCCACCCACUUGCUGGAGAUGAGGAGGCAGAGGACUUGGUAAAGACAUGCGCUACAACUUUACGUCAUUUAAGAGCUGACGACUCCAAUGGGCACAUCAACCAAUGUGCCGAUGUUCUCGACAUGCUCCGGACAAAGACCUUUUCAGCUGGAGAACCCCAACAGCCGGUACUUGACCAGCUGCAAUGGAAUGUCUGGGACUGGCCCAUGGCAUCGGCGCUAGAGCUCGCAAAUACCUUGGAUGCGAUGCCAUUGGAUCUUCAAUUCGAACCAAGCAUGGGCUUAUGA